AUGCUGCUGUAUAUCCUCUUCUCCUGUUUGCUGCUUGUUGUGCAAGCACGUACGAUUUGCCGAGUUCGUGAAACUAUCGAUCUUACAAACACGUUACUUGGAAAGCUUGAAGACUGUGAGUGUAAUGAAACUAACCAUAAUUCAUGCAUAUGUCUUCCCAUUCCAAACAAUGCCUGUUUAACAUGCUUUGAGAAACACAAUGAAGAAAUAGAAGAAAAACUGUCUACUAUUGGCAGUGAAGGUAGGCGUUUGUAUCGCUCCCUUCAGCAACUUCAAAACUGGAAGCUGUGCGCACCACUCUUUACUUGUACUGAAACCUGCGAUGCUUCCCCAGGGAAUAUGAUGACUUUCUUAACAUCAGUCCGAGCAGCUUUGCAAAAACUGCAGCACCAAUAA